GAGAACAAGACAAAUCCCUACGACUCUCAUCCAUCAUGUCGGCCAACGAAGAAAACUUGAGCCAGGAGCAGAUUGACAAGAUCCGAAAGGACUAUGCGCUCACCGUCGGCGACGAGCUCGCUGCUGUACGUUUUCCUUCUCUCAUGCUGUACUGCUCCUAGUGCCCUGCUAACUCCUCCAACCAUCCAGAUCCUCCCCAUCUCCACCAAGCCAUGGUACCGCCAGCCCCACCUCGUCAAGCUCAACCUGCACCUCUUUGCCUGCAUGUGCUACUCCUCCGCCACCGGCUACGACAGUUCGCUCAUGAACGGUCUGCAGUCGCUCGAGCUCUGGCAGGUGUUUAUGGACCACCCCACCGGCGGCUGGCGUGGAUUCAUCAACGCCAUCAACAUCAUCGGUGGUCUCUUGGGUCUUUCGACCGUCGGUUACUUCACCGAGCGCUUCGGUCGUAAGGUGCCCUUGGUGUUUUCGAUCACGUGUAUUUCUUUGGGCGCUGGUCUUGGUGCUGGCGCGAAGAACCCGGCGAUGUUUAUCAUGGGUCGUUUCUUUGUCGGUCUUGGUGCUUCGUAUAUUCUUGGUGCUCCUCUUACCAUUGCUGAGCUUGCCUACCCUACUCAUCGUGGUCGCGCUACCUCGCUGUACAACUGCUGCUACUACCUUGGCUCGCUGAUUGCCGCCUGGGUUAUCUACGGCACUCGUCAUCUCAACGACUGGGCCUGGCGCACACCCACGCUCUUGCAGUGCGGCAUUCCCUGUCUCCUUUUGAUUCCCACCCUUCUGCUCCCCCAGUCCCCUCGUUGGUUGAUUUCGCGUGGCCGUCACCAAGACGCGCGCGCUGUGCUCGUCAAGUACCAUGCCGGCGGCGACGAGAGCUCUGUGCUUGUUGACUUUGAGAUGGAGGAAAUCAGCCGAACGCUCGAGCUCGAGAAGUACGCGGCCAAGAACGGUUCGUGGUCGCUGCUGUGGAAGACUCCUGGAAACCGACACCGGUUGUUUAUCAGUAUCACUCUCGGAGUUUUCGCGCAGUGGAACGGUGUCGGCGUUGUCAGUUACUACCUCUCGAUCGUGCUCAACUCUGUCGGUAUCACCUCUGUGACCAAGCAGACGCUGAUCAACGGUUUCUUGCAACUCUGGAACUUGAUCUGCGCCGUCUUUUCCGCGGUCGUGGUCGAGUCGGCUGGUCGCCGGCUGCUGUUUUUGACGUCGGGAGUCGGCAUGUUUGUGUCGUAUGUCUUCAUCACUGCCUUGUCGGGAUCUUUUGCAAACACGGGCAACAGCGCGACUGGAAUCGCGAUGAUCCCGUUCUUGUUUAUCUACUACGGUUUCUACGAUAUCGCAUACACCCCGCUUCUGUUUGCUUACCCCGCCGAGAUCUGGAACUACACCAACCGCGCGCGCGGCCUCGUCGUCGUCCAGGUGUCUACUUUCCUCGCCCUGAUCUUCAACCUGUUUGUGAACUCGAUCGCGCUCGAAAACAUCCAGUGGAAGUACUACAUCGUCUUCCUCGCCAUUCUCGCGGGCGUCAUCCUCACCACGUACUUUGGAUACCCCGAGACCCGCGGCCACACGCUCGAGGAGAUGUCGCGCGUGUUUGACAAGAACGAGCCGGUUGAUGUCGAGGCGGAGCGCAGGGUGGAGGAUAUCUUGAACACGAUGCAUGAUAAGGCGCAGGACGAGCAUGCGGAGAAGACGGAGUCCGUGUUUGAGGGGGGUGAGAAAUAAAGACUAGAUGUCGAGAUCAGUCUAUUUAAUGGUUUCCUGGAAUGGAGACGUUGUUUCGUUUAUAGUAUUAGCAUGUUAGUUAUAAUUUUGGA